AUUGAAUCAUAAUCUUAGGAGGUGGGGCUGAUACUGCUUUUCUAUUUUGACAAUAAGUUUGUUGAGUCACCUGCUCAUAACGAUUGGUAGGCUCUGAAUACGUAGAUGAUGAUGUGCCAGGCCUUGAUUCAUUAAAGUUGUGGGCGAUGCUGGGAUAUGUUGGCGAUGGAGUUUGCAGGGAGGGCGUCUCCUCCAAUUGGUACCGUAGAUACCGUCUUGUCCGGAGAAUGGCUUUGUAUUGAGAAAGGAUUUGCAAGGAAGUUUCCUCUAGCAAUAGGAUCAAUAGAUGGCAAACAUAUUGUUCUCGACUGUCCUUUCAAUUCUGGCUCUGAAUACUAUAAUUAUAAAAGAACCUACAGUAUAGUAUUAUUGGCAUUAGUUGAUAGUCACUACAACUUCAUAUUUGCUGACAUUGGCUGCCAAGGCAGAAUAAGUGACGGUGGAGUUUUCACCAAUACUUUGUUAUGGAACAAGAUAUGCACGAAUAGCUUAAAUUUACCACCGCCGCAUCCUUUGCCCGGUUCAAAUAUUGAUGUUCCCUACAUUUUUUUGGGAGAUGGAGCCUUUGCACUUUCAGAACACUUAAUGAAGCCCUAUCCUGGUCAGCACAACAUAGGAUCAGAAAAACGUGAAUUUAACAAGAGAUUAUCUUCAGCUCGAGUGGUGGUGGAAAAUACUUUUGGUAUGAUGACUGCCCGAUUUAGAGUGUUUAGAAUGCCGAUUCCAUUACAACCAGAAAAAGCUACCCUUAUAACAAUGACUUGUAUAUUACUACAUAAUUUCUUGAGACGAAGCUCCACUUCUUCGUGUAUCUAUACACCACCCGGAUUUAUUGACAUUUAUGAUGAUGAUUCAGUACUUAUACAACCUGGAUCAUGGAGGAAAGAACAAGAAAAAACUUGUGCUAUCCGUAACUUGAGGAACGUAGCUCGGCGAUCACCAAAAGAUGCCACAGAAAUAAGAAACGAAUUCACCAAAUAUCUAAGUAAUGUUUAAGUACUUUAUUAAUAAAACAUAUAGCUUACCGUGUCAACAUUAUUUUUAGACUUGAGGGUACCUCCCAAAAACUCAUCCAUAGUUUCAUAAGCGAACCAAAUAGGCUGAUUGAUAUAUAUCAUCGGCACCAGCUCCCGAUUGAAUAGACUUUUUGACUUUGUUCUUAUAACUCCUAUAACUUGACAUUAAAGAAUCUUUUUUCUUUCUCAAUUCAUCCACUGGGAUUUCCAUCACUGAGCUUAUCCGCAUCCAUGCAUCAUGAGUUUUAAAUUUAUUCCUAUAGUCUUUUAUCUUAGUGUCCCACAGUACCGGUUCAGCACGAAAAUAUUCCAAAAUUGAUAGUUCCAAUUGGUUACUCCAGUUAAAACUCAUUUUUCACGACAAAUCGAAAAUUCGUAUCCAUAAAGAAAAACACAACCACUGCCGUCACUCGCUAGGAGGCAACUGAGCCACCAGCGAAUGAGGAGCCUAGUCAUGUUCGCGCCUUGCGAACCCUUUGUCGCGGGACGAAAAACCGACAGCAAACGGGAACGACGCGCGAACGCGACGUGAAGCCGUGAAGAAUACGCGAAUGGGUUCCACACUCAUGGGUCGCAGGUAGUUCGCGGCUUCGCGCGCGAUCCGCGCGGGAGUCUGGAGAGGGUAUUAGGC